AUGCCUGAAAUCAGCGACGCCCCGAUGGAGGUGGACACGGAGACUUUCGCCUUCCAGGCUGAGAUCGCCCAACUGAUGUCCCUCAUCAUCAACACUUUCUAUUCGAACAAGGAAAUCUUCUUGCGAGAAUUGAUCUCAAAUUCCUCUGAUGCUCUGGAUAAGAUCCGGUACGAAGCCCUUACGGAUCCUUCCAAGUUGGAGUCGGGCAAGGAGUUGAUGGUGAAGAUCAUCCCAAAUAAGGAUGAGAAGACCCUCACUCUUAUUGAUACUGGAAUCGGCAUGACGAAGGCGGAUCUCGUCAACAACUUGGGAACCAUCGCGCGUUCUGGAACCAAGGCCUUCAUGGAAGCUCUUCAAGCCGGAGCUGACAUCUCUAUGAUCGGUCAAUUCGGUGUGGGCUUCUACUCCGCCUACCUGGUAGCUGAUCGUGUCACUGUGUCUUCUAAGCACAACGAUGACGAUCAGUACCUCUGGGAAUCUUCUGCUGGUGGUUCUUUCACCGUUCGUCCCGACCCCGGCGAACCGCUUGGCCGAGGAACGAAGAUCAUCCUGCACAUGAAGGAAGAUCAGAUCGAGUUUCUGGAGGAGCGUAGAAUCAAGGAUGUUGUCAAGAAGCAUUCGCAGUUCAUCGGAUAUCCCAUCAAGUUGAUCGUAGAGCGCGAGAGGGACAAGGAAAUCUCCGACGACGAAGCUGAGGAGGAAGAGAAAGACAAGCCAGAAGAAGAGGCUAAAGACACACCCGAAGUCGAGGAUGUCGGCGAGGACGAUGACGAAGACAAGAAGGAUAAGGCCAAGAAGCGCAAGAAGACCAUCAAGGAGAACAUCAAGCUUUAUGUUAUCUACAUGACCGAGCCGAUUGACGAGUACUGCGUGCAGCAGCUGAAGGAAUACGACGGGAAGAAGUUGGUUUCUGUGUGCAAGGAAGGUUUGGAGCUCCCAGAGGAUGAGGAAGAGAAGAAAAAGUUCGAAGCUGAAAAAGAGAAGUUUGAGCCUCUAUGCAAGAUCAUGAAGGAUAUGCUGGAGAAGAAGGUCGAGAAAGUCACCGUUUCCAAUCGUCUGGUUCAGUCUCCUUGCUGCAUUGUCACCUCGCAGUACGGUUGGUCUGCUAACAUGGAGCGAAUCAUGAAGGCCCAAGCUUUGAGGGACACAUCCACCAUGGGUUACAUGGCGGCCAAGAAGCAUCUGGAAAUCAACCCCGAGCACCCCAUCAUGGAGAGCUUGAGGAUCAAAGCGGAAGCUGACAAGAACGACAGGUCCGUCAAGGAUUUGGUGACGCUGUUGUACGAGACUGCGUUGCUGUCGUCUGGCUUCAGCCUUGAAGAUCCUGGGUUGCAUGCUAAUCGCAUUCAUCGCAUGGUGAAGCUUGGUUUGGGUAUUGAAGACGAUGGCGAAGAUGGGUCCGGUGACACUGGCGCCGCUGCGGAAAUGCCAACUCUGGAGGGCGCUGAUGAUGCGUCUCGCAUGGAGGAGGUCGAUUAAAUGCGGGGAUUAGACUUGCGAUUGAUCUUGGUUUUUUUCCAAUCGGCCUGUUCGUUUUAAUCGUUUCCAUUGAGAGCUUGAGCUCAGUUGAGUGAAUGGGAGUGGAAUGGACGCUGUUGUGCGAGAGUGGUUCUGAAUGAAGAUGGCCUGAUUGUCGGUAAA